AUUGUGGGCCGAGGGGCGGGGGUUGGGAAGAUGGCGGCUCCCAGCCUCCUCAACUGGAGGCGGGUUUCCUCCUUUACCGGACCGGUGCCUCGCGCCCGGCACGGACACCGAGCCGUGGCCAUCCGGGAGCUGAUGAUCAUCUUCGGCGGGGGCAACGAGGGCAUCGCGGACGAGCUGCACGUCUACAAUACCGUUACAAACCAGUGGUUCCUACCAGCUGUUAGAGGAGACAUCCCUCCAGGCUGUGCAGCCCAUGGAUUUGUCUGUGAUGGGACUAGAAUCCUAGUGUUUGGGGGAAUGGUUGAAUAUGGAAGAUACAGCAAUGAGUUAUAUGAGUUACAAGCAAGUCGUUGGUUAUGGAAAAAAGUGAAACCCCAGCCCCCUCCUUCUGGUUUCCCUCCUUGUCCGCGGCUUGGACAUAGCUUCUCUUUAUAUGGUAACAAAUGCUAUUUGUUUGGUGGUUUGGCAAAUGAAAGUGAAGAUUCAAAUAAUAAUGUCCCCAGGUAUUUAAAUGAUUUCUAUGAGUUGGAGCUACAGCAUGGUUCUGGUGUUGUGGGCUGGAGCAUCCCAGCCACCAAAGGCGUUGUGCCUUCUCCAAGAGAAUCCCAUACUGCUAUUAUCUAUUGUAAAAAAGACUCUGCGAGUCCUAAGAUGUAUGUUUUUGGUGGAAUGUGCGGUGCUCGUCUGGAUGACCUAUGGCAGCUUGAUUUAGAAACUAUGUCAUGGUCCAAACCAGAAACUAAAGGGACAGUGCCACUUCCACGAAGCCUUCAUACAGCCAGUGUUAUAGGAAACAAGAUGUACAUUUUUGGUGGAUGGGUUCCACAUAAAGGUGAAAAUCCUGAGACUUCCCCCCAUGACUGUGAGUGGAGAUGCACCAGCUCGUUUUCUUACCUAAACCUCGAUACAGCAGAGUGGACUACUCUAGUAUCAGAUUCUCAGGAAGAUAAAAAAAAUUCAAGGCCAAGACCAAGAGCAGGACACUGCGCUGUUGCAAUUGGCACUCGACUAUACUUUUGGAGUGGAAGAGAUGGCUACAAAAAAGCACUAAAUAGUCAGGUCUGCUGCAAGGACCUUUGGUAUCUUGAUACUGAGAAACCUCCAGCACCAUCACAAGUGCAGUUAAUCAAAGCUACUACCAACUCUUUCCAUGUCAAGUGGGAUGAAGUGCCGACGGUUGAGGGCUAUCUUUUGCAGUUGAAUACUGACCUGACGUACCAAGCUACAUCGUCUGACUCUUCAGCAGCGCCAAGUGUGCUAGGAGGCAGGAUGGACCCUCACAGACAAGGCAGUAAUAGCACCCUUCAUAACAGUGUUAGUGAUACAGUAAACAGUACAAAAACUGAACACACGGCUGUGAGAGGAACUUCACUGAGAAGCAAGCCUGACUCGAGAGCAGUUGACUCGAGUGCCGCUCUGCAUUCACCAUUGGCACCCAACACUUCCAAUAACAGCAGCUGGGUGACGGACAUGCUGCGCAAGAAUGAAGUUGAUGAAAUAUGUGCUCUGCCUGCAACUAAGAUCAGCCGUGUAGAGGUGCAUGCUGCAGCAACGCCAUUUUCUAAAGAGACACCUUCAAAUCCAGUGGCCAUUUUGAAAGCAGAGCAGUGGUGUGAUGUGGGAAUUUUUAAAAACAACACAGCUUUGGUGAGCCAGUUUUAUUUGCUACCAAAAGGAAAACAAAGUAUGUCAAAGGUAGGAAAUGCAGACGUGCCUGACUACAGUUUGCUUAAGAAACAGGAUCUUGUUCCAGGAACAGUAUAUAAGUUCAGGGUUGCUGCGAUCAAUGGCUGUGGAAUAGGCCCUCUCAGUAAAGUCAGUGAAUUUAAAACGUGUACUCCUGGUUUCCCUGGAGCCCCAUCUACAGUCCGCAUCUCUAAGAAUGUUGACGGUAUCCACCUUUCCUGGGAGCCUCCAACUUCACCUUCUGGAAAUAUUUUGGAAUAUUCAGCCUACUUGGCUAUCCGCACAGCACAGAUGCAAGAUAAUCCAAGCCAACUUGUAUUCAUGAGGAUCUACUGUGGUCUUAAAACCUCAUGUACAGUGACUGCUGGGCAGCUUGCAAAUGCACAUAUUGAUUACACAUCCAGACCCGCCAUUGUGUUCAGAAUAUCCGCAAAGAAUGAAAAGGGCUAUGGACCAGCCACACAAGUCCGAUGGCUUCAAGGUAACAGUAAGAAAGCUCCUUUGAGUUGAGUUGUUUUUUAUUAAAGCUGUUGUGAUAGUUAUUUAUUAGUAACUGGUUAUGAACAUCUGUUCUUUGAGAGUAUUCUCUGACUGUAUUUCUAGCAGUUAUGAAUUUGAGUUUGUAAGUUGUUCUUAAAAUGUAUUUGCUCACUUCUAGAUCCAAAUAAAGAUAGAAAGAAGCAAAGACUGAAAAUUAGUAUAUGGAUUCUUCCUUACCCAUAUAGCUGCUUAUAAAGGAAAAAAAAAAUAGCAAAAUGAAGAUAAAAGCCGUAAGGUGUAUUGCCCCUUUUCUUUUACUCAGUCAUCCUGCGGCUACUGAGAUGAGUUUAGUACUGGCUGGUGUACACCACUGUGGUGGGUGUUUCCCAUGUUGUAAAUGCCCUGGCUGAGUACCCGCCGGCCUUAUUCCAGGAGCAGGGGUCUUCUGUCAGCUAUCUCUCAGUGCAGAGGAUCUUCGAUUCUAAGUUUAGUAGCCACCUUACUCCCUUAUCUUCAGUUAUCACAAGCUUAAGCAAUUAAAAGAGAAAGGCUAGGUCAGCAACUCUGCUUUUGAUUUUUAAAAUUAUUUUCUGAGAAUCCCAGCAAAAUAUAAAAAGGAUAGUGGACAGUCUUGAUUUGUGUCUGACCAAGAUACCUGAAUGUAUCUUUAGCUAAAGCACUUAGUCUAUCUGGCCCUUGAUCUCUUCACUGGCAAGUGAAGGAGUUAGGAGGGUUUUCCUUUAAAGUCCCUUUCAGCUCCAAACGUUCCUAUUUUCCUUGGGAGCUGGCUAUAUCCCUGAACACUGUCACGUGUCUAAUAGGACCUAGGUUUUUACAGUGUUUUAAACAUUUGUAAGAUCUUUGUAAAUGCUCUAGAUGUUUUAUUUUUGAAUUAUUUUUACCUCAAAAUUGUAUAAGCUUUUUUAUAUCGGAAAAAAAAGCACUAGAUGGCCACUUCAGGCUCCUUGCCACCUUAGAGAUGCAGAAGGCUCCGAGACCACUUGGCUACAGGUAACUUACUUUCCACCAUUUGAAGUGUCAUAAUUUGGCUGGCUAGUCAGUUAGGAAGUGACUGCACACAGAACAGACUCUGCAGAGGAGACGUUUCAGGCCGAGGGCUGCAGUUAGCACAAGCACAGGUCCGCUUCUCCAGCGACAUGAUCUCAUGCCAGUGUAGGACGACUGAGUAGCUGUGCCCUCCAACCUUCGUGUGAUGUGCCCAGUGUAGAUGAAUAUGAUUGUGAAGAAUUAAUAGAUAUAUAUAUGCCAGUUACUAACUUAAAGUGUAUAGAAUAUUUUAAUAUAUAAUUUUUUGUAAAGAACUGGGAUUUUUAUACUACAGUAUUUGUAAUUAAUGUGUCUCACUAAUUAAAUUUCUCUUGAAGAAAAUAUGCAAACUAUUAGACACAUGAGUGGCUUUUGAACUCUAAAGAUAAAAUAAAUGCACUACUCUGGUGUUGUUAGGAUACCUUUUGGGUACAUGAAUCUUCCUAAUUCAAAGGGUCCUGUCCAAGCAGUGUUUACAAGGAGGCCUUUGGUUCCCACGGGGAGAGCUUCACUCUGCCUUCAUUUAAUUUAUGUGCUUUGCUUUGGCAGCGCUUGCUUUUUGCACUAGUAGACUUUGAACUUACCUCAUUAUUAUGUUUGUAAUCAUUGUGUAGCUUCCAUGAUGUGUCUGAUAGAAGCUAAACAUGUCUUAACCAAAGUUACAUGGGAUGCAGAUUUGCACAUAUGGACUAGUAAGUAGGCUUUGCUGUAUAUGUGUGCUCAGCUAAGAAGAGUAGCCAGUUUUAGAAAGUGUGUGUUUUAAGCCCAGUUACUUUAGUAGAAAACUUUGGGCUUCCAGUCCUAUUCUUUGUAUUAAUUAGCAGUUUGCAUCUUGAAACCAUUUAUCUUACUAUUGAGGCAAAGGUUGAUGUCAAGCAGACGAGAACGCUGAGUUUGUGCUCAUUUUACCUAUUUAGUAUGCGGUUUAGUUGAUUUUGCUUAAAGGCAUCACCUUCUUUUCUAUUCUAGACCAGGAAAAAGAUGUGGGCCCAUGGUUCUAAUACCCGAUUUGCUUCUUUGAAGAAAGGGUGGCCUUUCUAUACUAAGCGAUUUGUUACAAUAAUAAACCUUUUUACCUCAAGAAUUGCCCAAAUUGUAUUUUUUCCAUUGGCAUUACUUCCUUAGCAUAAAUCAUGUUUCUGUUAUGGGACUGGUGGCUGAAAGAUCCCCUUAGCAGAUCUGUGUGGCUUUGCUGUUAGCAAUUCCUAUGGUGCUAGAGCUGCAUGUCUGUGAGAGCAGCUGUUCUGCCAACAUGCAUAGCGGGGGGCUUCUAAGGACUGCACGUCGUCAGCUGCCGUCUUCAGCACGCAGACCUUGGGUUUUUUGUUUGUUUGUAUGUGUGUGUGUGUGUGUGUGUGUGUGUGUGUGUGUGUGCAUGUGUGUGUGCGUGUGUGUGCACGCUGGAGAACUGGAGAUUGACCUUGGGGCCUGGGCACCUAGGCUAGUGUUCUAAUAGCAAGCAACACCACAGCCCAGGCAGAUAACUCUUCCAAGAGGAUUUUACCUAAGUUAAGUUUCUUUCUUUUGUCUCCAAGCUGUAUAGCUGUCUUUGUGUCACAAGCCUCUUCCAUGUGUUCUGGACUUUGGUUCACAUAAGUAAAAAUACUGUUGAUACUGCAUGCUCUUAGAAUUAUGUUUUUUUAAAUACUGUAUUGGCCUUAUUUUAUUUUAGCGCAUUGUUUUAACUAGAAAUAAGUUAUAUAUAAACUCAGUCUGUAUUUAAGAACUAAGAGAAUCUGUUUGCAUGGGAGGCACCUUUGCCCCAUAACCCAGUUACAUGUUAAGUCACCUGCAGAGGAGUGAAGCUGCCACUCAGUAUCUCACAGGCUUGCAGACGAGCAAAAAUCGCUUCUGCUUUAGAGUGUCUGCUCUAACUAAGGGGCUUUAUUUAAAACAAUAGCAUAGUAACGUAAAGACAUUUGUUAUGUUCUGUCUGGAGUGAUUGGUAUCUGGGGGUUACUCCUGUAGUAAGCUGCUCCCAAGUGGAGAGACUGCGAGUAGGCUUGGUCUUUGGCCAUUUGAAGUAACUGCUGUGCUUCCCAAGACUGGUUUUAGGCAGUUGUAUGUAUUGUGUACCAAUGAUAUGUAAAAUAAAAGUUCCUUUUUCUAUAAACAGU